AUGGCAAGAAAUACUUUUGAGACCUUAGGAGACAGAGCUCCUCAGCCUUGUGCUCUAGGAGAUGCUCAUGGAGUGGCGAUGGCAUUUAUGAACCCAGGAUUAACAGUUUCUCCUCUUCCAUUUCGCCAUCCAACCCUUCUUGACAAUGAAGUUAGAAUCAAUGUAACUCAUGCAGGAUGCUGUCAUAGCGAUAUUUUUAUGGCAACUCAAGCUUGGUUUCCAAAUGGAAAUUUCCCUCUUGUUCCAGGCUGCUAUUUUUUUACUUUUUAAAAAUUUUAAGAAAAAAAGCUUAUAUAUUGUGGUGAAUUUCGAUCCAUUCCAGGCCACGAAAUUGUUGGAAUAGUGGACAAAGUUGGCGAAAAAGUUACAAAAGUCCAACCUGGUGAUAAAGUUGGCUUUGGAGUAUGGAGAGACGCUUGUGAAAACUUUGAAACCUGCAUGCAAUGCAGAACUGGGCAUGAAAACUUUUGCUCAAAAAGAGCUACAACCUAUGAUCCUCAUUUUGGAGGCUAUGCCACAUCAUUUCAAGCAAAGGGAAGCUUUUUCUAUAAACUUGACGAAAGUUUCCCAGGUCAAGCAGCACCACUAUUCUGUGCAGGAAUGACUGUUUUCCCGCCCCUUCAUCGAGAUGUGGUUGCUGGAAUGAAAGUUGGAGUUGUCGGAAUAGGAGGAUUAGGACACUUAGCUUUAAAAUUUGCCAAUUGCAUGGGAGCAGAAGUUACAGCAAUUUCUACAAGUAAUAACAAGCAAGCUGAUGCUACGGAGUUUGGAGCACAUCAUUUUGUGAACUUAAGAGAUGAGACUCAAAUGAAGAAUGCUAUAGGAAGCUUAGACUAUAUCAUUAAUACUGCAACAAGCUAUGAUAUUGCUCAGUGCUGUUCACUUCUCAAACCGAUGGGAACUCUAAAUCUUUGUGGAUUCCCAGAUGCAAAAGAAAAUGUUAACUUUAGUCUGCUUCCAAUUCUUUUAAAUCAACUUACCUCCCCUCCGUUAGCGGAUUAAAUAUUUUUUAACAAAAUUUCUAUAUAAAUUUUAUGUAAAAUUUAAAAUUUAUUUUUAAAAAUGCAAGCUGUUUAAAAUCAAACAGAAUCAGUUAGAGGUUUAAUUAUAAUAACUGUCACUUACAUAUCAAAAUUUUUUUUUUAAAAUAAUAUUUUGUUCGCUCAUGGAGGGUGGGUUUUUAGGCCAAAAAUAGGGACUUUUCAAUGGUUACGGAAGGGGAAGUUAGAGUUCAAGCAAACCCAGUAGGAUCUAGACUAGAAGGAGAGGAAAUGCUUGAGUUCGUAAAAAUUCAUAAUAUUUAUCCAAGAACUGAAACUUAUGCAUUUGCUGAUACUCAAGCUGCUGUUAACUCGUUGGCAGACGGAAAUCCUCACUAUCCGAACUACAGAGCUGUUCUUGAGAUGAGGAGCUUUAUGGAGACAUUCACCCCAGCUAAUUAA